GAAGUAAGGGUGGGGCCUUCAUUUUUGUUCAGUCUGAAUUAUAUGAAAGGUAGCUCUUGCCAGAUCUAAGCUGCCUUCUGUCCCCACCCUCCCAAGCUCCCAGUUCCUUCCUUCCCCAGUGAUGCCCAUGGACUGCCAGUAGAGGCUGCUCUCGUCCCAUGUGUGGGGAAUCACCUGGUUCGAGGCCGACCCUAUCCUGUCAUUUUCUUUACCCUUUACUAAGUCUCCUCUCUGAAUAAUGUCUUAAAUUCUUGAGGAGAUGACCCGGACUCCUGAUUUUGGUUUUCAAAUGAUUUGGAGGGCAAUUUAGGACCCUAGCUCCCCCUAAAAUAAAGUUUCCUCAAUUUCUACCUUGCGGAAUAGCCGUAUGACAUCCGAUGAUCCCCUCAUUGUCUCUGCAAAAAGAGAUUUAAGGUCUUGAACAGUGGAGGAACAUCUGUUCUGUUUCAGAGGUCGAUAUAGGUAGCUAGCAAUAUUUGAAUGCCUACCCGUGUAAGACUCCGUUAAGCACUUUGUGCGUAAUCACAUUUCUCUUUACGAACCUGUAGGGUAGUUUUAUCCCUUCUUUAUAAGUGAAUACACUGAGACUGAUGAUAAGUAACUCCCCUUGGGGGCACACAGCUUAGGGACCUGGGCCUUGUGUACAGAUCUGACUGCUAAGCCCAGGCCCUCACCACUCCUACUUUAGCACUGACUGGAUAGACGACUGAGACUAUGAAUCAAGUGCUUGUCCUUAGACAGCUGGCAGAACAGUGCUUACUGCUGAACUGGGCAGUGGAUCUUGGGAAUAUUGGGGGUUAGUGCCUGCCAGGAGGUAGGAAAAUGGAUGGUCACAGUGCUUGCAUGUAACACAUGGGACUUGAUGGGACAUCUGAGAUUUGCAUUCUUCCUCAGACCCAUUCUGGGUAGAAAGAGAGCAGAGUUGCUCCAAAUGCUCUCUUAUGUGGUCUGAUGGAAAUCAGAGUGCCUAUUACAUGGGUAAGAGUUCAGGGGCAGAGGAGAGGCUCUGCACGUGGAAGUAAUGCCUUGAGCCAAGCCACAGAACAGAAAAUUGGAACAGAAUUACGUAAAUUAAAGUCAGAAAUUUCCUGUCCAACCCACAGGGUGGAGUUUUCUCCAUUCCUAUCCAUCCUCCUGAAUAUAAACCCUGAUUUUAUGUCAGUAACUGGUAGAACUCUGAUUUUAGCUCUCAGCAUUCACAAUGAAUCUAAAGGUAGUCCUUGUGUUCCUGGCACUGUCCCUCAUUACUAUCUGUGCCGUGGCCUUUGUCUUGCUGACCAGCCAAGGUAGCUCCAGCCUGCCUCCCCGCUGCCCUUCUGUAUCCCACAGUGCCCAGCCCUGGACAUACCCAGGCCAGAGCCAGCUGUUUGCAGACCUGAGCCGAGAGGAGCUGACGGCUGUGAUGAGCUUUCUGACCCAGCAGCUGGGCCCCGGCCUGGUGGAUGCAGCCCAGGCCCGCCCCUCGGACAACUGUGUCUUCUCGGUGGAGCUGCAGCUACCCCCCAAGGCUGCAGCCCUGGCCCACCUGGACAGGGGGAGACCCCCACCUGCCCGGGAGGCACUGGCCAUCGUCUUAUUUGGUGGACAAGCCCAGCCCAACGUGAGUGAGCUGGUGGUGGGGCCGCUACCACACCCCACCUACAUGCGGGAUGUGACCCUGGAACGUCACAGGGGCCCCCUGCCGUAUCACCGACGCCCCAUGCUGAGAACUGAGUAUGUACAGAUAUGGAAGCACUUGAAGGAGGUGGAGUUACCCAAGGCACCAGUCUUCCUGGCUUCUGUCUUCAACUACAAUGGCUCCACUUUGGCUCCUGUGCCAGCCACCCCAAGAGGCUUGCGCUCAGGGGACCGUGCCACCUGGCUAGCCCUCUACCAUAACAUCUCAGGUGUUGGGAUUUUCCUUCACCCAGUGGGGCUGGAGCUACUGCUGGACCACAGGGCCCUGGACCCUGCCCGUUGGGCUGUCCAGCAGGUUUUCUACCUCGGGCGCUACUAUGCAGACUUGGGCCAGUUGGAAUGGGAAUUUAAAGCUGGCCAGCUGGAAGUAGUUAGAGUUCCUCUACCUCUGCCAGAUGGCACUUCCUCCCUGAGGUCCCGGAUCUCCCCAGGUCCUCUUCCCCCUCUUCAGUUCUCACCCCAGGGUUCCCGAUACACUGUGCAGGGGAACCUGGUGGCAUCCUCUCUCUGGACAUUUACCUUUGGCCAUGGGGUGUUCAGUGGCAUGAGGAUUUUUGAUAUUCGGUUCAAGGGUGAGCGUGUGGCGUAUGAAGUCAGUGUUCAGGAGUGCAUGUCUGUCUAUGGUGCUGAUUCACCCAAGACCAUGAUGACCCGAUACUUGGAUAGCAGCUAUGGACUUGGCCGUCACAGCCGGGGCUUGGUGCGGGGAGUGGACUGCCCCUAUCAGUCUACAAUGGUGGACAUCCACAUAUUAGUGGGCAAAGGGACAGUCCAGCUGCUCCCAGGGGCCGUGUGUAUAUUUGAGGAGGCCCAAGGACUACCCCUCCGAAGGCAUCACAAUCACCUUGAGAGUCAUUUCUAUGGUGGUUUGGCCAGCUCAGCCCUUGUAGUCAGGUCUGUGUCAUCUGUAGGCAACUAUGACUACAUUUGGGACUUUGUAAUGCAUCCAAAUGGGGCGCUAGAGGGGCGGGUCCAUGCCACGGGCUAUAUCAACACAGCUUUCCUGAGUGGGGGAGAGGAAAGCCUCCUUUUUGGGAACCGUGUGGGGGAACAAGUGCUGGGGACGGUGCACACACAUGCUUUCCACUUCAAGCUGGACCUGGAUGUGGCAGGGCUGAAAAACUGGGUGGUGGUGGAAGACGUGGUGUUUAAACCUGUGGCAGUGCCUUGGAGUCCAGAGCACCAACUGCAGCGCCCACAGCUGACUCGUCAGGUCCUGGGAAGGGAGGAUCUGGCAGCUUUUUCCCUGGGAAGCCCCCUUCCCCGCUACUUUUACCUAGCUAGCAACCAGACUAAUGCCUGGGGUCACCAGCGCGGGUACCGAAUCCAGAUCCACAGCCCCCUUGGCAUACACGUGCCCCUGGAGAGUGACAUGGAGAGGGCCGUCAGCUGGGGGAGAUACCAGCUCGUGGUGACCCAGAGGAAAGAGGAGGAGUCACAGAGCAGCAGCAUCUAUUACCAGAAUGACAUCUGGACACCCUCUGUGGCCUUUGCUGACUUCAUCAACAAUGAGACCCUCUUAGGAGAGGACCUGGUCGCUUGGGUUACAGCCAGCUUCCUGCACAUUCCCCACGCUGAGGAUGUCCCCAACACGCUUUCUCCAGUUCCAACCCUGACCCAGAGAACAGACUCUGAUUUGGAGCUUGGACGACAAAGCCAUGUAAGGACAAUGAAUCAGAAGACCACCCUGGUGCUCCUUGCUCUGGCUGUCAUCACUAUCUUUGUCUUGGUGUGUGUUUUGCUAGCUGGCAGGGGUGGAGAUGGGGAUGAACCCAGCCUGCCUCCCCGCUGCCCCUUUGUACCUCCCAGUGCCCAGCCCUGGACACACCCAGGCCAGAGCCAGCUGUUUGCAGACCUGGGCCAAGAGGAGCUGAUGGCUGUGAUGAGCUUUCUGACCCAGCAGCUGGGCCCUGGCCUGGUGGAUGCAGCCCAGGCCCGCCCCUCGGACAACUGUGUCUUCUCGGUGGAGCUGCAGCUGCCCCCCAAGGCUGCAGCCCUGGCCCAUCUGGACAAAGGGAGACCCCCACCUGCCCGGGAGGCACUGGCCAUCGUCUUAUUUGGUGGACAAGCCCAGCCCAACGUGAGUGAGCUGGUGGUGGGGCCUCUGCCGCACCCCACCUACAUGCGGGAUGUGACCCUGGAGCGUCACGGGGGCCCCCUGCCCUAUCACCGACGCCCCAUGCGGCUCCGGGAGUACCAGGACAUAGACCAGAUGAUUUUCCGCAGAGAGCUGCCUCAGGUUGCUGGGCUUCUGCACCACUGCUGCUUCUACAAACGCCAAGGAGGCAACCUGGUGAUGAUGAUCACAGCGCCCCCUGGUUUGCAGUCGGGGGACCGGGCUACCUGGCUGGGCCUCUACUACAACAUCUCAGGGGCUGGGAUUUAUCUGCACCCCGUGGGGCUGGAGCUGCUGGUCGACCACAAGGCCCUGGACCCUGCCCACUGGACCAUCCAGAAGGUGUUCUUUCAAGGCCGCUACUAUGAGAGUCUGGCUCAGCUGGAGGACCAGUUUGAGGCCGGCCUGGUGAAUGUGCUGCUGAUCCCAGACAAUGGCACGGGUGGGUCCUGGUCGCUGAAGUCCCACGUUCCCCAGGGUCCGGCUCCCCCACUGCAGUUCUAUCCCCAGGGCCCCCGCUUCAGUGUCCAGGGAAGCCGAGUGGCCUCUUCACUGUGGACUUUCUCCUUUGGCCUCGGAGCUUUCAGUGGCCCAAGGGUCUUUGACAUCCGCUUCCAGGGGGAGAGAAUAGCUUAUGAAGUCAGCGUCCAGGAGGCCUUGACCGUCUAUGGUGGCAACUCCCCCGCGGCGAUGCUGACCCGCUACAUGGACGGCAGCUUUGGCUUGGGCAAGUACGCCACGCCUCUGACCCGUGGGGUGGACUGUCCCUACCUGGCCACUUAUGUGGACUGGCACUUCCUUUUGGAGUCCCAGGCCCCCAAGACAAUACAUGAUGCCUUUUGCGUGUUUGAACAGAACCAGGGUCUCCCCCUGAGGCGACACCACUCAGAUUUCUACUCCCACUAUUUUGGGGGCCUUACAGAGACAGUGCUGGUCAUCAGAUCUGUGUCUACUCUGCUCAACUAUGACUAUGUGUGGGAUAUGAUCUUCCACCCCAGUGGGGCCCUUGAAGUCAGAUUCCAUGCCACAGGCUACAUCAGCUCAGCUUUCCUCUUUGGUGCUGCCCGGAAGUAUGGGAACCAGGUUGGGGAACACACGCUGGGCACUGUCCACACCCACAGUGCCCACUUCAAGGUAGAUCUGGAUGUAGGAGCAGGACUGGAGAACUGGGUCUGGGCUGAGGACAUGGCCUUUGUCCCCAUGGCGGUACCCUGGAGCCCCGAGCACCAGAUGCAGAGGCUGCAGGUGACCCGGAAGCUGCUGGAGACAGAGGAGCAGGCUGCCUUCCCCCUGGGAGGCGCCUCACCCCGCUACCUGUACCUGGCCAGCAACCACAGCAACAAGUGGGGUCACCCUCGGGGCUACCGCAUUCAGAUGCUCAGCUUUGCUGGGGAGCCGCUGCCCCAGAACAGCUCCAUGGAGAGCGCCUUCAGCUGGGGGAGGUACCAGCUGGCAGUGACCCAGCGGAAGGAGGAGGAGCCCAGCAGCACCAGCAUCUACAAUCAGUACGACCCUUGGGCUCCCACUGUGGACUUCACGGGCUUCAUCAACAAUGAGACCAUUGCUGGAGAGGACUUGGUGGCCUGGGUGACAGCUGGUUUCCUGCACAUUCCACAUGCAGAGGACAUUCCCAACACAGUGACCGUGGGGAAUGGUGUGGGCUUCUUCCUCCGACCCUACAACUUCUUUGACCAGGACCCCUCCUUCGAUUCUGCAGACUCCAUCUACUUCCAGGGAGACCAGGAUGCUGGGGACUGUGAGGCCCCCACCUCCUCUUCCUACCUGUUCUUUGAUCUUGGCGUUUCUGUGCCAGCCCUGAGUGGAUGUUCCUCUGCCCUGAUGCUCCCCUAGCCCUCAUCUCUCAACUCGGUCUCCUUUCCUGCCUCUAGGCCGGUAGAAGUCUCCAAGUGCAAGGGACAUGGAAUCUGAGUGGAAAAAUCCCUGUCCGUUCCCUGCUGUCUGUCACAUAAGGGGAGCAGGAGGCAUCCGCAUCCCUGUCAGGGGCAGGGUGUGGUUCCCCACAGUUCUUUCUUUCCGGCUGUGUUCACCUGCCCUGCAUCCUCUGGUGGAGCACUGCUAUAGCAACAGUAGCAGCUGAAGGCACUUUCGGGUGGGUUUGUGGUGCUGGGUGACGCGCUGUGGUCACUGUGUGCUAGGCCCUGGGUGUGACCAGUGACCCCAUACUCUGCAGCAGUCAGCACAGGAGGCUGGGUGAGCACCAAGGGUAAAAGCAGAAGGACCCAGGGUCCCCUUGCCACCAAGCUAGGGGCUGUCCAGUCACGUGUGGGCAUACAAAUGAGCCAGGGCCCUCCAGGGGUCUGCACUGUGGGUGGCUAUGCAAACAGCAGGGCUUUGGAAACUACACAGAUGUCCUUCCCAAGAGCAUUGGGUUAUAGAGCCUGCCAAUGCAGAAUUAUGCAACUAUGAAAAUAAUUAUAUCUCUUUAUAUACAAUAAGGCAUAAUGUUCCAGUGAAACAGGCAAAGUGCAAAGUGUGUGUAAUGCACUUCCCAUUUGUGUUUUAGGAGGGAAGAGACUCUAAGCACAUGUUUGCUCAUAUAUGCAUAAUCAGAAAAACGGGUAACACUGGUUGCCUCUGUGCUGGGAAACCAGGAGGUGGGAACAGGGGAGGGAGGAGACAUAGCACUGUAUAUUCAUUAGUACAUUUAAAAUUUUGAACCAUGUGACUGUAUUACCUAUUCAAAAUAAAUAAAAAAUGGGCCCAAACAAGGCCUGACCUUU